UCGAAGAAGUACCCUGUGAAACAAGUGUGUCGUUUGUUCCUCAGCUCUACCCUACCUCCAGAGCUCCCCUCCCCCCUUAUAUGGUGGAAGCCAAAGGAAGACCGGCACCGGAGGAACACACAGCUGCAAGUUCCAGGAGGAGAAUUUUAAGGGUAAUCACUCUGCUGCACCUACAUCUCGGCUCGACCGGAAUCAUCUCAAGACCCCGAUCCUCACUGGACUCCUGGACUCUCGAAACCGCUCUCACAGACGUCAUUCCGCCUAUGCCAUCCGCCUACGCCAUCCACCUGUGUAUUCCGCCGACGCCAGUGGCCUACACCUUCAACCGACACCUUCCUACGUCUUUCCGCCUACGCUACCAACAAUGGAGUACCAAACUGUGACCGGACCGAAGACACGCCCGCGGGACCAGAGGUACCUGGGAUACACAACAAAGGAGAUGGGACUGACGCGA